CAAAUGAAAGGGCAUGAUUAUUAUAAUUUGUGAUUGAUUACGAAUAAAUUAUUUAUUUAUUUUUAUUGAAAUUGUACAAAUGUAUAUUUUCUUCACAAAAGCGUCCUGAAUAUGUAAUUAUCAUUAUCAUUAAUAUUAAACACGAAUGACGCGCCAGUGUUUCCAUAUAUGGAGUGUCGCUGAGGAGCGCUGGAUUGUGGGAAGGACGUCAGGUCGGCCAUAUCUGUCUUUCACAGCGGCUGAAGUAGAACGCAGGAGCCAUGAAAACAUUUAGAGGUUUCAGUCAUCUCUCUAGACAAUGUUACGCUGCUGCUGCGAAGAGCGAGGCGUUGACUGAAACUCUGGGCACCUGAAAACCUACAGCAGCACCCGUCCUCACGCCUCAGGAUGUCCAGUGACUCGGUCAUCGAGUACCUGAUCAAUGUGACCACUGCUCCAGACUUCAGGCCGUGGGAGUUGUCUGAUCUCUCACCGAGGGUCAAGAUUGACAAGGCUGUGGCAAACCAGAGUCCACAGAUAGGUGUUCUCGAGAAGUUGCAUGAAGCUGCUUACAAGAAAGCUCUUUCCAACUCCCUGUACUGUCCAGACUACAUGGUGGGCAGAAUUACUGCAACAAUUCUUGCGAGUCAUUACACCAGUGUAAGAAUGGCUCUCGUUGGAUUAGGUGAGAUGUGUGUGGAGAGUGGAGUGGGUCUGGCACAUGCGCUGGUGGCAUGUGAAGCAGCCGUGACGGGCUCCGCAGAGACCAGCGCCUUCAGCGUGCUACAGAGGGUUCUUGGAGCUGGACUGCACGCCAAGAGAGGAUCCAACAUCACCAGCCAACUCAGCCAGGGCAUCGCCAAAGCCACUGCACAGCUGUUCAAUGCCACAGCUUUCAGGGCUACUUACUCUGACUCUGGGCUCUUUGGAGUGUACGUCAUCUCACAAGCUGACGCGGCCGGAGAGGUGAUCAGUGCAGCCGUGGCAAAGGUGACCGCUGAAGGAAAACUUACAGCAGAUGAACUCAGCAGAGCAAAGAACCAGCUGUUGGCUGAUUAUCUGAUGUCUUUGGAGAGUUCGGAGUGUUUUCUGGAGGAGUUGGGUGUUCAGGUGCUGAGCAGUGGAGCGGACAGCUCACCAGAGUCUGUGACGCAGAGCAUCGACGCUGUGACCUCCAGUGAUGUUGUCAAUGGAAGUCACAUUGUUGUUAAACGGGUCAUAUCAGGAGGAAUCAAAUGUAUCUUUUGAAAUGAGAAUACAUUGUACAAUAAAAACAUCAACUUCAUUCCCAGUGAAAAAAUAAUAAUAAUUCAUGACCGUCUACAUUUAUAUGUCAACAGCUUAGCAUGAUUAGUCAGUGCAAGAUAAUGAAGUAAGAUACUAUUUGAUUAAAUGUCACAAAUACUUGUCAGGAAAUGUCUGGCUCAUGUUUGAUAAAAUCCCAGAUGCAGUUUAUUAGGGAUGGGACGUUAUGGUUAUCUCACAAUUCGGUUCGAUAUAUGUAUGGUAUGCGGUUUUCAAUUCAAUAUAAUAACACUUAAAUGACAAAGUAUGGCAGAAAAUGAAUAUGUUUGAGCAAAAUGCAUGUUAUAAUUUCUCAUCAGAAUAAAGUUCUUUUAAUACACAAUGUAAAUCUUCAAAGUUUAAAUAAUAAGAGUUUCUCAUUUACCUUACACUAUCAGAAAAGAUCACAAACAAAUGAGCCUUCAAUAAUAAUGGGCUACAUUCAGGCUGAUCAGGUGCAGAACAAGCAAUAGAACUGAACAAAACCUGUCCUGAAAAAGAUGCAAAGAAGUUUGUUGAAAGCAAGAAGAGCAUAUCAAGUUGUGGACAUCUGGCAAACACACCGUUUGUUGAUGAAUUAUGAGAGAAAGUCCUAAUCUGAAAUGCACAAGUUGUCCAGCUGCUUAUU